AUGUCCGUAUUUCAAAGUGACAAUCUUUCACAGGACGAAUUGACGCGGGUUUCAGAUGAGAAAAGCUACUCGCAGUCAUGGUGGAGCCGCAAGCAAACGAGUGUCAAACGAGUCACGGUCACAGUCGCGACUCACGGUGCGGGCGUAACGUUUUUUGGAUUUGCUACGAAACACUUCGUUGAGCAUGAAAGUUUGUGCUCCGACAACUGCGACAUACAGUGGUGCAGCGGAUACGGGAUGUUGGUGCUUCUGGUCGGAUUCAUCUACCUUAGUUUGCUGUAUUUCCUGGUCUUGAAACCAUCGGUUGGUCCCGUGGUGAAACGUGGCCUCGAACCAACCAAAGCCGCUCUGUCAAAGAUCUUCCACAAACCACUAGCGAUAGUGUUCAGUGUCGUUGCCGUGCUGACCGCAUUCGCCAUCUUUUUGUACUUCGAUUCACACCAAGACAUCAAUCGACUGAUGCCACUCGCAGGGAUGGUGGUCCUGCUGGCCCUAUCCUUUCUGGUGUCGAAACAUCCGACGAAAGUCAACUACCGUCCGGUGGUAGUGGGUCUCUUGGUUCAGAUCCUUUUGGGUCUGCUGUGCAUCCGAUGGGAUGUGGGGCGAAGCAUUUUUCAGUGCGUAGGUGUCAAGGUGGACACGUUUCUGCGGUACUCGAAUGUCGGGGCCUCAUUCGUAUACGGUGAUGCGCUCAUCAACCAGUACGCAGUGUUUGCGUUCUCCGUCCUAUCGGUGAUCUACUUCUUCAGUUUCUUCAUUUCAAUUCUCUACUAUCUCGGGGCGAUGCAGUGGUUUGUACUGAAGCUGGGUUGGGUCGUCCAGUGCGUACUGGGGACGACGGUAUGCGAGAGCAUUAUGGCGGCGGCCAACAUAUUUCUCGGAAUCAGUGAGUCACCGUUGAUCAUUCGACCUUACCUGAAGGAUCUCACCCACUCGGAGCUGCACUCCAUAAUGUCUUCGGGAUUUGCGACCGUAUCUGGCACAGUGCUGGCCGCUUAUAUCUCCUUCGGUGCCAGUCCGGGCCAUCUGAUUACAGCGAGUGUCAUUUCUGCUCCGGCGGUAUUAUGCAUUGCGAAGAUCGUCUAUCCCGAGGUGGAGGAAAGUAAGACGAGUUCGGAUAACAUUCAGUUCGAGAAAUCGACCGAUACCUCGUUGGUGGAUGCUGCUUGCAAUGGGGCAAAUGCGGCCACUCCACUCAUUCUGGGCAUCAUCGCCAACCUCAUUGCUUUCGCCUCGUUCGUGGCCUUUACUGACGGGAUUCUAGGAUGGCUUGGCAUGCUGGUUGGAGUAGAAAUGGUGUCAUUGGAAAUGCUCUGGGGAUAUAUUUUGCGUCCACUGGCCUACGUCAUGGGGGUUUCGUGGGAAGAUAGUGGGCGCAUUGGAGAGAUUAUCGGUGUUAAAACGGUCGUCAAUGAGUUCGUAGCUUACGAGAGACUGGGAGCGCUUAUCCAAAACGGAACCAUCACGCAACGGUCAGCAACCAUCGCCACGUACGCUAUUUGUGGCUUUGCCAACCCCGCCUCACUGGGCAUUUCGAUUGGCGCACUCAGCGCCAUGGCUCCUAGUCGACGAAGCGCCAUAACCUCCGUGUCGUUCCGAGCGUUUUUCACCGGUUCGGUAACGUGUUUCAUGACCGCAUGCAUCGCUGGAUUGCUAAUAACCGAAUAGCCGAACAUGGGAAUGCAGUUAUAACCUACGUUUGUUAACGUAAUGCGACUGAACGUGUGCGCUGAAGAAUAAUACACAAUUUUGCGGAUUUCAAUCAGG